AUGCCGCGGAGCAACGGUUGUAUCACUUGUAAAAUACGCCGGAAAAAAUGUGAUGAGCAGAAGCCUUCAUGUGCGGCUUGCAUGCGCAAUGUUCUGAUCUGCGCCUGGGGAGAAAUGUCACGCCAGACGGCUAAGCUAUCGUCGGCUAAUACUAUCCUUCCUAGACAGAGACGCCGCAAGAGCAGUUCUACGCAGGCCCUCUCUGCAUUCCGAUCUAGGCCCGAUUCGCCAUCGCCACCCAAUACCGAGCUCCUGCUACGCUCCUUGCCCCGGUCGCGACAUAGCCCAAUGUUCCAGGAAUUAAGGCAAUCUCACCCGCAACUAAGUCGCAGUCAAGCUGCCUUUCUCUACACAUUCUUCUUGCACAAGGCGGCGCAGGUCGUAUGCAUCCGCGACGAGCCCUCGAAUCCAUUCUUGCACGUAUUGAUUCCGGUGGCCAUGCAGUCGGACAUGAUCCUUCAUGCGCUGCUCGCCUUCAGUGGCGUAAUCUAUCUUCAAAAUAACCGACGGGGACAUUUUGCACAUGCAGUCUGGGAGCAAUAUGCUCAGGUAUUACGGAGUCUAAAGCAUAGCCUGGUCAUUUACUCCCAGGGUCAGAAUGAUCUGGCAGUUUUUCUUAUGAUUACAUGUCUCAUAUUGUGUGCUAUAGAGACCACCAAUGCUGACACACACGAACAUGCCUUCCUCCACCUUCGUGCUGCUCAAGACCUUUUCAGUGCCGCCGAAGCUCAUUGCUCGAAUACGCCUCUAUUCUCCUUCGCUGCUGAAUUUUAUUUGUACAUUGUUGCUCUUCUGCCAAGCUGUACUUCACCCAAAGAUCAUAGUGAAACUAUGCUCAGAUCAGAAGCGGAUGUGCAGCUCUGUUCGCGCAUCCUGAUGCGCAAUCAAACGCCAUUGGUUGGAAUGCUGUGCGGGAACGCAUUCACGCUUUAUCAGUGGAUUCCACAGGUAUAUGAGAUAUCCAUCGCGAUUCAUGAUAAUCUCAUCCACGCAGGCGUGGGGGGAUUGCCGAUGCAUAUGUGUCUGUCAAGGUUGCGUGCCCAUUCAGUCAUUCAAUCUUGGACACCGGAAAUCCAAAAUGAUGGCGACGGAUACCGAUGUGGGUUGAUUUAUCAGCUGGCUCUUCUUUCACUCUUAGAUAUGUCCCCUCUCAAUGAGCGAGGCACUGCUGAGGGCUCUGUCUCCUAUAGACGCCAACUGAUUCUCAAUUUCAUGCAACUACUUCGGGCUAUCCCGCCAGAGUCGAACCACACAACAGUCCUCUGUUGGCCGCUGGCCGUCUUAGGCGCAUACGCAGAGGAACCAGAAGAUCGGGCAUUCGUUCGGACCUAUCUAUUCCGCAUGGUGAAGAAGUACAACCUAGGGAACAUGUACCAGACUAUUGCCCUGUUGGAGCUGGUAUGGAAAAGCCAGCAUCUCUUAGACUCUGGCCCGCGCUGUUUAACAACUGCUAUGGAAAUACAGGGCUUUCGCAUCAUGUUUACCUAG